CAGUUGUAAAUAUCAGUAUAUUUUUAUGGAUAAUCCGUCAACACAAAAUUGAGAAAGACAAUUUUUCAUUCCGUCUGAAAAAAGAAAAGUAUAAUUACUAGUGAAAACAAAAUAAACACAGCUACGGCUUCAGAAGUUAGAACUGAGGAAGGCAGAAAGCGCAACACAAGUUCUCGCUUGUCACAUAAUACGGUUUCAGUUACUAACACGAAUUGUUUGUACUAGUUUUAGUUGCAGCUCUCUCUCUCUCUCUCUCUCUCUCUCUCUCUCUUCUUCAGGUAUUUCUUUCUGUUGUAUAGUUUAUUACUUGGAAUAACUUUAUACUCAAUCAUGGAGUCUCCCAAGGAAAGUGGAGAGGGCUGCUCUAGAAACGAAAAGUGUGUGAAUAUAUCAUUCCCUCCUCUACUCCCAAAGGUUGGAGAAUCGAGUGAAAUAGUCGUUGAGGAGCCGGUAAGCAGUCAGCAGCAUCAAGGGCAUGACCUGAUUCUGCACAUACCGGCCAAGGCAACAGUUGAGGGAUAUGUGGAGGACUCUGUGGCAAUAAACAUGCCGCCUUCGCCAAUUCCAACUCCCAAAAGAGUAAACUUUUCGCCGUUACCUAGUCCUAAUAGAGUAAAGCUUAAUGGAUCUCCUGGUCCUUCAAACAAAGGAAAAUCAUCCAUGAAAAGUUUGCUUCCUAGACUAAGCUUCAAAUUUCGGAAUACAAACUCAGAGAUUGAAAAAGCUGCCAUGUUAGCACUGGGAGUUUCCCCUGAGAUGCAGGGAAAGACAUCAAUCCCCAGGACUUUCUCUCUUACAAAGAUUUUUACACCCAAGAUGAAGAGGACAUCAUCUCUACCAACUUCUCCUAUUUUCCACUCAAAUCCGGAGUCUGCUCAUGGAGGAAUUACUGGUGCUGCAGCUGAUUUAGCUAAAGGUGGGUGUAACCAGCUACCAAUGCAUCGUUCACACUCUGUACCCGUUUUAAAUAAAGAGGGAAGUAUAAAACAGAUGGACAAUUUAGGCAGUGUAUAUCGUGUGGUGCCUACUACUCCAAGGGUUACUGAGCAGAUUGCUGCAGCGUCUGUGCCUGUCGGAAGCAUUGGUGCAGAUGAGAAGAAUGAUUAUGCUGAGGACAUCCCUCAAGAAGAAGCUGUUUGCAGAAUCUGCUUUGUUGAGCUCGGUGAGGGCUCAGACACGCUGAAGAUGGAAUGCAGCUGUAAAGGUGAACUUGCUCUAGCCCACCAGGAAUGUGCCAUUAAAUGGUUUAGCAUAAAAGGCAACAAGACUUGUGAUAUCUGCAAGCAAGAGGUCAAAAAUUUAUCUGUCACACUUUUACGCAUUCAAACCACUCAGACUCGAGGGCAUGGAACUCGUCCACCUGAAAUAACUCGAUACAGGGUGUGGCAGGAUGUUCCAGUUCUUGUGAUAGUUAGCAUGCUUGCAUAUUUUUGUUUCCUGGAGCAACUUUUGGUCAACAAAAUGGGAUCAAGUGCAAUUGCCAUAUCUUUGCCCUUUUCGUGUAUAUUAGGUCUACUUGCAUCAAUGACCUCGACUACGAUGGUGAGGAGGAGAUAUGCUUGGAUAUAUGCUACUAUUCAGUUUACAAUGGUGGUCCUUUUCGCGCAUAUCUUUUACUCGGUGCUUCAUGUGCAAGCGGUUCUAUCUGUUCUGCUUGCGACUUUUGCUGGUUUUGGAGGUGCUAUGUGUGGCACUUCCAUCCUUUUCGAGAUACUCAAGUGGAGGAGAACGUGGUCGGCUUCCCAACACGAGACAAACCAAGCUUCGGAGACUAGUGAUGGAAACGGCCAACACAGCUGACACAUUUAUACAAAAUAUGGCAAAGAAAAGAGUUGCCUUUGCCCAGUUACGCUCAAAUCUUUGUAAAUAUUAUACCUUUGGUAUUCAUUCUCUUGAUUGGUUGUUUUCCUUUAAUCUUGAUCAAGAGUGUUGUCAAAUCGACACAUGAUUUACUUUGUUGAUCUGAAAAUAUAUACCAAGUUCAAUCUGUUUUGAGAAAA